AUGCCAGUGACGCAAUACUAUCAUGUGCGCGAUCCGGUGGAGAAUCUGCUUGUAAGCGUAACCUUGCGCAAGAUCUCUGGAUUUAAAAGUGAGGGCAGCGGCGAUUCAGUCCCUGUUGGGAAAAAAUGGAAAUACUGUUUCCAGUGGCAAGAAAAGAAGCUUAGUUCGCGUGAAAAGAAACUCGAGCAAGAACGCCUCAAAGGACGAGAAAAUAAACCAUUUACGGAUAAACACGAAGAAGACACAUUAUCUUCGUACGUUGAUGAAGAUAAUUUCAUUCCAGAUGAACUUGCACAUGAAACAUUGACUACUUCAAACGACCGAUCGACGCAUCUACUUCCCCCUGAUCUUUCCCGUCGACCUUCGUACAAACGUACGAAAGCCUCAUGGUCGCUAAAUCAACAUCGCACAUGGCUUCGAGCGAACCGCGAAGAUCAGUUCCGAGCUAUGCAUAUUGUUGCACUGAUCGAAGACGUAGAGCGUAUUCUGUGCUCUUUUCGAUAUUACAAAAGCAGAGGGUUGUUGUGUGCCACCCCAGGUUUUUCUCUUCCAAUUUCCGAGCCAGGACAUGAUCCAGACUUGCUCGCCAAAGGUCCAAAGCUUUCAACAUACCACGUAACAACUCGCUCGGGUUCAGUCUUCGAGUAUGUGCUUGAAAACGUACACGAUAUUCACCCAUGUGUAUCCGCAGAAGAGCAAAAGCUUGCUAAGGAAAUUCAAUUGCGAGAAGAAAUGCGCGAUAGAGAGCAUAUAAUUCGAUAUCAGCAAUCAAGUCGAAAAAUAUCUGUAUUUGAUCAAAAACAAGGAAACUCUAAAAGUUUAAUGGAGCGAAAAAUGAUGCUUUCGAUCGAAGUCGUUGCGGUAAAUGAUCCUCAAGCAAUGGAUCCAAUUUUUGUGAAAUAUGAGCUGGAGUUGCCUCGUCGUGCUGGACUUCCUCAUUGGAAAUUCUACUCCAGUGAUCAUACUCGACAACGAGGCACAACUUCGCUGUCACUACCGCAGCGAUCAGCCUAUCCGGGAUGCCAUACUUCCGCUAUAUUGAAUCACAAUCAACAAUUUUAUUUGAAAUUUAAAAAUGCUGAAAAACCACCAGCAAUAGAACAUCUGGACGAAGACGGCGGCUAUGCCAGCAUGGCAGCGUCUCCGGUGCUUCGUUUAGCCGUGUAUUCUUGCGACCCUUGGCACAGGAAGAGACUAGAAGGGCACGGUGAAAUUAAGCUGAAAGAAUCAGCUGGAUUUUUUGAUCAAGACAUACCUCUUCAAAAACCAUUUUUAUCAAUCAGCGAUCAUUUGGAAGAACUCUUUUUGGGCGUCGAUGAAAGUGCAGAAGUUGAUGAUUUCGACGAUAAUCGGCCACAAGAAAGUGAUUCUGAUUCUGAAGAAUCGCCAAUCUCCAAUUUGAUCAUUAGUCGUUUAGGACAAAAAUCUGAAUCCACAGGCGCAACGGUUCGACUUCGCUAUAUUAUAAUUGAUGUAGAACCAAAUCACCACACCAAAGCAGUGCGAACGACACCUGCGUUACCUUUUGUUGCAGCUGAUCUAAGAACCAAAGUGGUUCAACGAAGCGUGCACGAAAUCUUGCGAUCAGUGAGGCGAGAGAAGCGACUAGCUACAAUCACCGACCCACAAAUCCAAGCGGCAUUGCGCUCAUUGCCAAACAUUGAAGCACAUAACACAAAAGCACUAUGA